UUUCAAAGGAGAAUAUUCUAGAAGUUGAAAAUGCCGACGUAUAACUUUUCUUCUAUGGUCACUCAUGUUAACAACACAAGUGCCGCUGUCAAAAAAGCAGCGGACUUCGAAACAGAAUUGAUUGUGCCCCUGUACGCCAUCAUCUUCAUACUUUCGGUGGUUGGAAAUUUGCUUGUGCUCGUCACUUUGAUGCAAAACAGACGAAUGAGGACCGUCACCAACGUUUUUCUCCUUAACCUGGCGAUCGCCGACUUGCUGCUGGGAGUCUUCUGUAUGCCCUUCACUCUGGUUGGUCAAAUUCUACGCAACUUUAUUUUUGGCUACACCAUGUGCAAAAUUAUUCCGUAUUUUCAAGCUGUGUCGGUGUUUGUGACAGUUUGGACCCUCGUGGCAAUUUCGAUGGAACGCUACUUUGCCAUUUGCCGGCCACUUCAGUCGCGACAGUGGCAAACGCGUUUUCACGCUUACAAAGUUAUCGGCUACGUGUGGCUUGCCGCCUUCCUGCUCAACCUGCCCAUUCUCGUCAUGUCAAAAUUGAAAUCCACCAGAGACAAAGAUCGUCACAAAUGUCGGGAAGAAUGGCCUGAUUCAAUUUCGGAGCGCGGUUUUAACAUCUCACUUGACCUGGUGCUGCUAAUAUUUCCGCUGUCAGUGAUGGUGGUUGCCUACGCUCUCAUCGUUAGCAAACUGUGGAAGGGCUUAAAACGCGAGAUUCAGCACAGCAACCAGCGCAAGAAUCCAGACUGCUUCAGGGAAGAACUCUCCUUACGCUCGUUGCAAAAAUCUGUGAGCAAAAUGAAUCAGGUGCAGAUUAGGCACCACGCGACCAUUUGCUCUGCGUACGCUGAGCGCAGCAUCGACGCCAAGCGCAAGGUGAUCCGGAUGCUUUUCGUGCUGGUGGUCGAGUUCUUCCUCUGCUGGGCGCCGCUACACGUCCUCAACACUUGGUACCUGUUCAGCCCUGAGGCCGUCUACAAGUCGAUGGGCAGCACCGGGGUGGCUCUGGUGCAACUUUUGGCCUAUUGCAGCUCCUGUUGCAACCCCAUCACAUACUGCUUUAUGAACAAAAAGUUUCGUCAAGCGUUUGUUGCCGUCUUUGGCUGCUGCAAGGGCUCCGCCGUGACCUUGGCUGCCAGGGGGUCCUCGGCCAACGACAGUGUCAUUUUUGAAGUGCGGCCAACCACCACUGCCAAGUCGGGCAAUGCCCAACUUUAA